AUGUUGACCAAUCACAAUAAAGGGGGUGGGGUUUAUUUUACAGAAUGCGGAGGCACUUUUUGACAGUCAUGUUAUGAUUACAUUAAGACGAUGACACAGCAGUAACUAUCUUUUCCCGGCAACUUUAGGCUGGCUUAGGGUUAGAGUCGAGUCUUGUUUUGAUGACAAUUCUUUUCGGCGUCGUUAUUUUUAUAAACCGGCUCCCACUUUUCGUUUUCCGGUGCUAGCUAGCUAGCCGGUGGUCAACUUUAGUCGAGUCAGUCAGGUAACUUUAUCACAGGCUUUUAGCUUGAGGAAACUUCUUUUAGCACCAUGGCCCAAAGUAACUCCUCUUUCCCAGUGAAGCUGUACAUCUACGAUCUGUCCAGGGGAAUGGCUCGCCAGCUAAGCCCUGUUAUGCUAGGGAGACAGCUAGACGGCAUUUGGCACACGGGUGUUGUUGUCCACGGAAAAGAGUUUUUCUUUGGUGGAGCAGGAAUCGACAACUGCCCACCUUCUGGCACUAUGUUGGGCGAUCCAGACUCAGUGGUGGACUUGGGCUCCACCGAGGUGAAUGAAGAUUUAUUUAAGGAGUAUCUGGACUCACUGGCUGAGUCCACGUACAGCGGUGACAGAUACAACGUGUUUGAGCACAACUGCAACACCUUCAGCAACGACGUGGCACAGUUCCUCACGGGCAGAAAGAUCCCGUCCUACAUCACAGACCUUCCAUCCGAAAUCCUCUCCACGCCAUUUGGCCAGGCUCUCCGCCCACUCUUGGACUCCAUGGCCAUAAAUCCUGGAGGAAACAACAUCACUGGACAGCGAUGAAUGGAGCGACGCAUACAGAAUCAGUCUCCUACCAGUCACAUUUACAGCUAGCCUGCGAUCAUCUCCUUCUUCAUCACAUUCAAGGUCUGCGUCUUGUAAAUGCAUUGUACGGUAUAACAGAAAAAAAAUAGGGAAAAAAAAGUAUUUCAGCUCAUUAAGUCAGUUUAUGUUCCUGAACGACUUUCCCCUGGCUCAGCUAAAAUAUGACGUCUUGCUCUGAAAUAGUUUGAAAUUUUCCCGUUAACGAUUUGAUCAUCCUGCUGAGACUUGUCCAGCGUUUCUGUCCUUCCUAAAAGGUGCUUUUUGUUGAGUAGCGGUUUUUAACGUGACACACAAUCAGAUUUGUUAGACCAGAGAUUCCAGAUUUGUACAAUUCUAAAAUGGUGCAUUAUUUAUACAUUUAAAAGCAUUUUUUUUCUUCGCCGUAUAAAGAACUUGCCCUGUAAUCAGGAUUUACCUUUGAAGUGCCAUACAGAGCUCUUGUUCUUGCUAAGCGUUGACUUUAAGCUUUUCUCUGGCUGUCCCUGACAGCUGACAAAUGUUUGCAAUACAGAUUUAGAAAUUACCUUUUUUUUUUAAGAUGCACCUGUCACUCCCUGUUAUCCUAUGUUUAAUCUUAUUGAGUGUGGAAAACCAAGACCACUUUGUAUUUCUCUGUUGCUUUCUACUCUGUUCCCCGGGCACACUGCUUAAUGGAUAUAUUUAUUUUCAAUUUAAGUAAAUCUGUUACUUUAUUAAUAAAUCAGAUCAACUUUCACACGUUGAAAAGAAGCAUUUAAAAAUCUGUAUCUGUGGGAUCAAUAGAAGUGUUUUUUGUUUAGUUUUUUAACCACUGAAAGUCACAUGAAUGUAAAUUUGUAGUAUUUAAAGCUUUAUUGCUUAUGUAAUGUUACAUUUACGUAGAAGUUCACCCUCAGGUGCAAACUUGCUCAGUCAAAGCUAUUCUGCUGGCUUUUUAAUGCCGUUGUCUAGAACAAGGGUUUCAGCCUGCGACCUACAAAAUAACAGCACCAGAGACUGGUGACCCCCCUUUAGGCGGCAGGGAUUUUUUUCCUCCCAUUUUUUUUUUUUGGAAAUUGUGAGAAUAAAGCCAAAAUAUUCCGAGAAUAAUAUAAUUUUUAUAAGAACUCUUACAAGAAAGAGGAGGAAAUACUAAAUCUUUUUAGCACAUUUGCAACAAAACACCUUCAGGUGUCAGGACACCCCGCCCCUUUACUUUGGGACCCCCUGGUCUAGAAAACCAAUUUUUAACCAAUUCAAGGCCUUCCCUCUUUCCUAUGCCACACCAAUUUACUUAUAAAGCACUUUAAAAAACAACUGCAACAUAUUUAACCUCAUGUUAUGUAGUAACAACUAAACAUAGGAAAUUCUUUCUGACAACUCCUGGACCAAUCAGCUUGCUUACCUCUCAGUUCCGACAUUUGGAUCUUUGUUAGCACCGACUGUUUAAACAUGCACUAUCAGAACCAGGUAUUUGUAGAGGCGUCAUUAAGAGGUGAUAUUGAUGGCGUCGGGACAAUAUCAAGUUUAUUAGAAGUAGUUUACCUUUGGAAUCUUAUUUAGCGUUUCAGUCCAACGUUGUCUCAUUAAUUUCCCGAUUGUGACUAAAUAGCGCGUGUGCAAGUCACUGUAUGUGAAAGGAUUAAAAAUAAUGAAACAAAUACCUGCAGAAGGCCUCAAAGGCAAGAAGCAGUUGUUGAUUUAUAUCUGUUUUAUCUUAUUUAAAUUUCUGACUGUUAUUAAUCCCAAUUUUGAGUAUGAAGUUUUGUAAGUGAAACAUGCCAAUUUAAAAUGAUAAUAAAAUACUACUUUUACAACGUGAGUUUUGCUUGGUGUUAAAAAAAUGGAGACGGGAUAUUGAAACAUUAAACUCUCUGUUAAAGGCUG